CUCAUUGUGGGAAAUGGUUUUGCACACUGUUGUUAUCAGCGUGAUUUUGGGAAGGCCGUGUGCAGGCUUGCUUCCUCUUUGUAGACAAUGUUUACGGGGAGUGUCGCUUUUGCACGCGGUCUGUCUGGCUAGUGACGCUAUAAAACCAUCGCUCCGGCAAGCGUACAGGCAGCAGUCUAACUGACAAUACUUCUGUUCACAUUCGUCAAGGAAAAAGAAGGGAAUCUGAAAAUAUGGAUCCUUGUGCCUGCGCUAAGACUGGAACUUGCAGCUGCGGUGACAACUGUAAGUGCACGGGUUGCAAGUGCACUACGUGUAAGAAAAGCUGCUGUUCUUGCUGCCCUAGUACCUGCAGCAAGUGCGCCUCCGGAUGCGUCUGCAAAGGCAAAACCUGCGACACGAGCUGCUGUCAGUGAAGAUGAUGAUGGCCAUUGUCAGAUUAUUUUCAUUCCUGCCUGAACAUGAAGUCGAUUGAUCCAUCAUUUGUGUUGGGUUUAUUGUAUGUGUGAACUGAAAAUACAUUUUGUAACAAUGAAAACUGUUUUGUCAUCCAUGCAGAGCUUGUAUUUUCUGAAUAUUUGUCAGUAAAAUUGUCUAACAUGAACUGAACUGAGUUAAGGAACUUUAUUUAAAUGCGUAAUUGAUUUCAACACAUCACACCUUUCUAUAAUGGAACACUGAAAUGAAUGAGAGCCUGUGUGAAAUGGGCUAAUGUGACGCACAUUCGAAAUCAGUUUGUUUGCACUGUCAAUCUAAAUAAAGUUUUACAAGGCGCGGAGGCUUAUGGGAGAUCUAUGGCUGUCCAAUGAGCGUUGAGUUGAACAAGAGCCGGGAGUAAUGUGUGUUGAAUGGUUGGUUGUGAAAACCGAAAGAAGGCGCCAGUAAAUGAGGUCUAAACGAUCAAAAUAAUUACAUUUGGAUCACAAUACCGAAUCUUCACACAUCGUACAAAACCUUGAGUCAGGUGCACGCUAUGGACGCGGAGGGGUUCGGAGAGCUGCUGCAGCAGGCAGAGCAGCUCGCGGCGGAGACCGAGGCAAUCUCUGAGCUGCCUCAUGUGGAAAGAAACCUACAGGAGAUCCAGCAAGCUGGCGAGAGGCUGCGCUCCCGCACCCUCACCCGCACGUCACAAGACACUGCUGACGUCAAAGCGUCCAUCCUGCUGGGUUCGAGGGGCCUGGACAUCUUCCACAUCUCCCAGCGUCUGGAGAGCCUGAGCGCGGCCACCACCUUCGAGCCGCUGGAGCCGGUCAAGGACACGGACAUUCAGGGUUUUCUGAAGAACGAGAGGGACAAUGCGCUUUUGUCGACCAUCGAGGAGUCACGACGCAGGACCUUCCUGCUGGCGGAGGAGUACCACAGGGAGUCCAUGCUGGUGCAGUGGGAGCAGCUGAAGCAACGGGUGCUCCACACCCUCCUGGGGGCGGGGGAGGACGCCCUGGACUUCACCCAGGAUGUGGAGCCCAGCUUCGUGAGCGACGUCGGGGCGCCGGGACGCAGCGCGCUGGACAGCGUGGAGGUGGCCUAUGGACGGCAGAUCUACGUUUUCAACGAGAAGAUCGUGAACGGGCACGUGCAGCCCAACCUGGGGGACCUGUGCGCCUCUGUGGCCGACAGCCUGGAUGACAAGAACGUGUCGGAGAUGUGGCUGAUGGUGAGGCAGAUGACCGACGUGCUGCUGGUCCCGGCCAAGGACUCCCUGAAGAGCCGCGUGGCCGUCAACAUGCAGAUGGCCUUCGUCCGGCAGGCCCUGCAGUUCCUGGAGAACAGCUACAAGAACUACACCAUGGUGACCGUGUUUGGGAACCUGCACCAGGCCCAGCUGGGCGGGGUCCCGGGGACCUUGCAGCUGGUAAACAGUUUCCUCAACAUCAAACUGCCAGGACCGCUCCCAGGCAUGCAGGACGGAGAGGUGGAGGGCCACCCGGUCUGGGCUCUGGUCUAUUACUGCCUGCGUUGUGGGGACCUGUCUGCCGCCAUGCAGGUGGUGAACCGGGCCCAGCACCAGAUCGGCGAGUUCAAGAACUGGUUCCAGGAGUACAUGAACAGCCCCGACAGACGUUUGGCUCCCGCCACGGAGAACAAGCUCCGCCUCCAUUACCGCCGCGUCCUGCGGAACAGCGCCGACCCCUACAAGCGCGCGGUCUACUGCCUCAUCGGCAAGUGCGACAUCGCCGACAACCACGGGGAGGUCGCCGACAAGACGGAGGACUACCUGUGGCUCAAGCUGAACCAGGUGUGCUUCGAGGACGACAGCAACAGCGCCCCCCAGGACAGGCUGACCCUCGCGCAGCUUCAGAAGCAGCUGCUGGAAGACUACGGAGAGUCGCACUUCUCAGCCAGCCAGCAGCCCUUCCUGUACUUCCAGGUGCUGUUCCUGACUGCGCAGUUCGAGGCGGCCGUGGCCUUCCUGUUCCGGGUGGAGCGUCUGCGCAGUCACGCCGUGCACGUGGCGCUCGUCCUGUACGAGCUGCGCCUGCUGCUCAAGUCAUCGGGCCAGAGCGCGCAGAUGCUGAGCCAGGAGCCCGGGGACCCCCCCAUGGUGCGACGCCUCAACUUCAUCCGGCUGCUCAUGCUCUACACCCGCAAGUUCGAGUCCACCGACCCGCGCGAGGCGCUCCAGUACUUCUACUUCCUGCGGAAUGAGAAGGACAGUCAGGGGGAGAACAUGUUCAUGCGCUGCGUCAGCGAGCUGGUCAUCGAGAGCCGAGAGUUCGACAUGCUCCUGGGCCGCCUGGAGAAAGACGGAAGCAGGAAGCCCGGGGCCAUCGACAAGUUCGCCGGGGACACGAGGGCCAUCAUCAGCAAGGUGGCGCUGGAGGCCGAGAACAAGGGCCUGUUCGAGGAGGCCGUCAAGCUGUACGAGCUGGCCAAGAACCCAGACAAGGUUCUGGAGCUGAUGAACAGGCUGCUGAGUCCGGUGGUUGCUCAGAUCAGCGCCCCCCAGUCCAACAAGGAGCGGCUGAAGAACAUGGCCCUGGCCAUCGCCGAACGUUACCGGACCCACGGCGUCGCCGGGGAGAAGUCCGUGGACUGCACCUUCUACCUGCUGUUGGACCUGACGACGUUCUUCGACGAGUAUCACGCAGGCCACAUCGACCGCGCGUAUGACGUGAUGGAGAGGCUCAAGCUGGUCCCUCUCAGUCAGGACAGCGUAGAGGAGCGGGUGGCGGCCUUCCGGAACUUCAGCGACGAGGUGCGGCAUAACCUGUCGGAGGUUCUCCUGGCCACCAUGAACAUCCUGUUCACGCAGUACAAACGCCUGAAGGGGGCGCCGACGGGCACCCCGGGCCGACCGCAGCGCUCCAUGGAGGACCAGGAUUUGCAGCUGCGCAGUCAGGCCCGGGCGCUGAUCACGUUCGCCGGGAUGAUCCCCUUCCGCAUGGCGGGGGACACCAACGCCCGGCUGGUCCAGAUGGAAGUCUUAAUGAACUGACCAAUCGUCAGCCAGCACCGCCUCCCCGAGCCCCUCAACCCACCCUCCUCUCCCAUCCUCAAGCAUCUACCACUGCCCCCCCCCCCCCCCAUGCCCCCCCAUUCAUGUUGUGUUUCUCUGUUCUCCUUUAUAUUUGUAUUUUUCAUACGUUUGAAAUAAUAAAAAAAAAAGAAAUUAAGUUUA